UACACUUUCAAACUCACAAUUUUUUAUAACGUGACUUUGCACCCGAAAGAAUAAUAUUAUUUUUAUCAUCAUGUAGUAUAAAUAUGUGUUGAAUGCUUUUGUUGUGAGCUUCACAUGAUAGAAGUCUUACACAUUUUACCAAGUCUUUUUUUGUUGUAGGGAAACUAGGAUCAAGUUGUGUUUAAGGUUUGGACAGUAUGGAUGGGAGGAACUGGAGCUGGCAUAAUGUGGUUGAUGUGUCUCCUUUUUUGUUGUACGAGUCCACGGGGGAUUCUGAGGUUAAUUCUGAGAUGAAUUUGGAGAAUUUGGAGAUGAAACAGUACGAGGCUGAUGAUGCUAUGUCGUGUUGUUCGGACUCGUAUGAUAGUACAGCGUUCGGGAAAUGUUAUGGUGAUCGUGAUAAUGAAUGUGUGCAGAGUUCUAAGAAGAAGUCGAAGAAGAAGGAGGAGUACUACGCGAGAUGUCUCAAGAAGAAGGGGAAGAAAAAGGAGCAGGAUUACGGGUAUAAUCCUAAUUAUAGGGAUUGUAAUGAUGACGAUGAUGAGGAUGAUGGCGCGAUUAAUCAGGUGUGGAGUAGUUGCGGGAAAAUGGGGUACGUUGUGUCGAGGCAGCAGAAGAAGAACGGGAAAUCUAAUGUGAUGGAGCCUAAAGAGGAGAAUGACAAGUUGUUCUGGGACACUUGCUUAGGUUCUUGAGGUUCUCUGAUUUUUAUUUCGCGGUCCUUUAACACGUUCUCGAUAACAAGAGACUAAUGGUUCAAAUCUCAGCUUUGCUUUUAGCGUGUGAAUAUCCAAAUCUAUCUAUUAAUCAUCUUCUUAAGAAAGAAGCAACAAACGGAAUUUGGCAAAGUGAUAUUGAAAUUCAUUUUCCUUCACAGACAAGCAAGUGUGGAUGUAUAUAUCUUUAUUUCGGAUAAUAUGUCAAUAUUACUUUUCCUCCAGUUCUCAUUUUCUCAUUGCUUUAGGUUAAACCAGUAAAAUAUACUUUUCAUUUGAUUUGAA